ACAUAUACAAUGAUGUUCGCUCUCUGGAUUUUCCUAGUCCUUGGCGUUGGGUUGGCGCGGGGCCGCGGUGGCGGCGCAAAAUGGCUCUGCAGCCAGACAACCUUCUGUACGACCGAGAGCGAGAUGGUGGAAGGGGAAAACUACAAAAUGGAGCGCUUUGAGAGCCAGCGGGACUGCCGGCUGUCCUGCGGCAAGUACGGCUCCGUUUGGCCAAUGCCGACGGUGGAGACCAGUCUGUCUCAUAAUCGAGUGCACUUCGAUCCCCAGAAGAUACACUUCGAUGUGAGGGCGCCCAGUGAGGCGACCAGUCAGUUCCUGGACGAGACACGACGCCUGUUCUUGGGUAAUCUGCGCAAAGAGUGCCGCCGCGACUGCACGCUGGCCAGCAGUGCGAAGAUCGUGGUCAAGGCCAACGUGAUCAGCGAAAGCCUGGUCCUUGACUGGCGCACGCACGAGAACUACAAGCUGGUCAUCAACACAACGGAGGCGGCGGGCACCGUUGUGAACAUCCAGGCGACGACGGUGUACGGAGCGAGGCAUGCCUUCGAGACGGUGAGCAAUCUGGUAACGGGCAGCGUGGCCAGUGGCCUGCUGCUGGUCAGCGACGUCAUCAUCUCCGAUCGUCCAGUCUACGCACAUCGCGGCUUGAUGCUGGACACUUCACGGAACUUCAUACCCCUGUCGUAUGUGCGGAAAACCAUCGGCGGCAUGGCCGCCUCCAAGAUGAAUGUGCUCCACUGGCACGUGGUGGACGCUCACAGCUUCCCGCUGGAGAUCACCCGAGUGCCCCAGAUGCGGAUCUACGGAGCCUAUUCCAGCUCGCAGACCUACUCCCACAAAGAAGUCGUCCGGCUGAUGAAAUACGCCCGCCUCAGGGGCAUCCGCAUCAUCAUAGAGAUCGAUGGGCCUGCGCACGCCCACAACGGCUGGCAGUGGGGCCCAGAGGAGGGGCUGGGUCACUUGUCCGUGUGCCUGAACAGGAUUCGCUGGGAGGCCUACUGCGCGGCUCCACCUUGCGGCCAACUGAAUCCCAUGAACGAAAACAUGUACACGGUGCUGAAGCAGAUCUUCCACCAGGUGGCAGAGAUGGGGUCACCGGAGGAGACCAUACACAUGGGCGGCGACGAGGUGUACCUGUCGUGCUGGAAUACCACAAAGCAGAUCCGAGACAAGAUGCUGGACGAGGGCUACGACCUCAGUGAGAAGAGCUUCUUCCGCCUCUGGGCGCAGUUCCAUCAGCGCAAUCUCCUGGCCUGGGAGGAGAUCAACCGGCGCAUGUAUCCCAGCAUUCCAGAGCCCAAGCCGGUCAUUCUCUGGUCCAGCCGCCUGACGGAUCCCCUCGCCAUCGAGAACUACCUGCCCAAGAAUCGGUUCAUCAUCCAGACCUGGGUCGACUCUCACGAGCCGCUAAACAAGAUGCUGCUGCAGCGAGGCUACCGCAUCAUUGUCUCCACCAGGGAUGCCUGGUAUCUGGACCAUGGCUUCUACGGUAGCACCGAAUACCACACCUGGCGGACCGUCUACAAUAACAAGCUGCCGAAAAGUCGCGAUCGGCGGCAGGUCCUUGGCGGCGAGGUGUGCAUGUGGAGCGAGUCGGUCGAUCAAAACUCGUUGGAGUCACGCAUCUGGCCACGAGCUGGGGCCGCCGCCGAGCGGCUCUGGUCGAAUCCAAAGGAUGCGCCUGAGCUGAUAGAGCGUCGCUUCUAUCGUUAUCGGGAUCGUCUCGUCGACCGUGGCAUCCACGCGGAUGCCGUAAGCCCUCGCUACUGUGUCCUUCACGAGGGAAUGUGCGAACACUAUUUUUACGACAGAGAUAAUAAAUAACUCUGAAAGCAGUUUCGUGGACUGAAUGAUGUGUCCUUUCGUC